GUAGCGGCUUCCGGCGGAGUAAAGCGGAAGUUGUUACACAUCCAUCCAUGACACCGGGGCGCCUUCCUUCAAAACAGAACUGCGUUCAUUUCUGAAUUAGAGCCUUAGCUACAAUGCCCCUGUCAACUCAGUCUCAGGCAGAUGAUGAGUUGUAUGUUUUCGUGGCUACUUUGGAUAAUGCUCGCAAUUUAUCCAACAUCCUGAGAGCCAUUGCCUUUAAAGACCAUGCCAUCUUCAGCGCCACUCCCAACGGGCUGAAAGUCACUGUAGAGGACUCCAAAUGUAUGCAAGCCAACGCUUUCAUCCAGGCUGAGAUCUUCCAGGAGUUCACUAUUAGGGAAGAUUUGGUGGGUUUUCAAGUCAACCUCACUGUUCUGCUGGACUGCCUCAAUAUCUUUGGAGGAACCACAGUAACAGGAGUAUCUACAACCUUACGAAUGUGCUAUAGGGGAUAUGGUUACCCUCUGACCCUAUUCCUGGAGGAGGGUGGAGUUGUGACUGUUUGCAAGAUUAACACGCAAGAACCAGAAGAGCCAAUUGACUUUGAGUUCUGCAGCAGCAAUGUUACAAACAAAGUGAUCCUUCAGUCAGAGAGUUUGAAGGAAGCAUUUUCUGAAUUGGAUAUGACCAGUGAAGUGCUACAGAUUACCAUGUCUCCCAGCCAGCCAUAUUUCAGGUUGUCUACAUUUGGGAACUCUGGAAAUGCUCAUUAUGAUUAUCCCAAAGACUCAGACAUGAUGGAACUGUUCCAGUGCACAAAGACACAGACCAACAGGUAUAAGAUGUCCCUGCUAAAGCCAUCCACCAAGGCUCUGGCUUUGUCUUGUAAAGUCUCAGUGAGGACAGACAUCAGAGGCUUCCUGUCUCUGCAGUACCUGGUCCGGAACGAUGACGGGCAGAUCUGCUUUGUCGAGUAUUACUGCUGUCCUGAUGAAGAGGUGGAGGAGGAGUGAUUACUGCUCAUUAAAUGUCAAGUAAUGAGCUUAAAAAUACAGCUGUUUCCAUUGGCAGUGAAUGUGUGACUCAGCCAGAGGACGCGAUGCUCAGUGGUACCCACAAGAAAGACUAAAGACAGUUCUGGGAUUUUAAUGGGUGUGAUGGAUGGGUCCAGAGGUCAGCUGUUGAUCCUACAGUCACCUUUGGCUUUGGAUUUGUACAGAAAAAAACAAUCUACACAUCAGCCAGUCCACUAUAAUACUGAGUACACAGUAUACUCAAUGGAGUCCAGUUGUAUGGGAAGAAAAUGGUCCUUGAUAAGUACACAGUAACUGUAUUUAAGUGUCAAAACCUGCAACUGUAAUGGAGAACCAAAUUAUAACCAAAUAUCACAUGACUCUUAAUACAACUGUUGUUUAACUACAUGACUUACUUUGUGGGCCUUUGCUGAUGGCCUGUUUCUUUGAUCCAUGCAGCAUUUAGCUUGAAAUUCUUUUGUGGCAAAGAAAUAUAUUUGUUAUAAGGUAGAGGUCAAAGGAUGGUUGAUUAAAGUCUGAUUUAGGAA